AUUCAAACAAGAAACGUCAAAACAUUUUGGUUCGGUGCAGUGUUUACAAUUUCUUAAAGAAAAUAGUAUUUUUCUUCUGAAUCAAUGUGAAAAAUUGUUAAUAUUAUGGCUGGUUUGACCGACGUUGAUAAUCCGUUUGUGAAAACGGAAAAUGCAUGCAAAAUAUGCGGUUCCUCGGAGGGUGAUAUGGAAUCUAUUUUCUGCGAUGCGGACGACACUAAAAUGUUGAACAAAAUAUAUAAGUGCACCCGAGUGGAGGUUACUCCUGUUUGUGGUUUGAUAUCGCCAAUUUGCGAAUGUUGUCGACGGCGAAUCGAUGCGUUCGAUGAAAAUGCCAAACCGAAAGUGGUUGAGUUCGUUAUUAAGAACGAAACCGACCAGGACGCUCUCGAUUAUGAUCCACUGAACCUGCAGGACCCAAUGGCACCGUGCGAAACGGAAACAGACAUUUUUGAAGAUGUCACGCUCAAGCUCGAGAUUGACAUGAACGAUCAAUCAACGGCAAAGGCAAAGAGUUCAACGCAGGGAGAGAAAGUAGCUACUAAAACUAACCGAAUACGUGGGAAAUCAACUGAAUUAAUUGUCAAGAAAAUUGAUGAAAGUAAUUUUCUAGAUAAGGCUGAGAUUAAAGAUAACGAAAAGGAAAAUAUAUCUAGAGUACGAACGCCACGUAAAGCAACGGAAAAAGUAACUGUUGAAGUCACAUCUGAUGACCCAAGUGAUUCUGAAUGGGAAGACGGAAAUGGUUCUGCGGAUGACGAUGACAGAUCUGAUAGUGACCGUUCGAAAGACAGCUCGGAUGAUAAUAAACCCCUGAAGAAACAAAAAGAAAGGAAGCGUACGGAAAAAGUCGGCAAACGGAAGGUGGGCCGCCCUCGUAAACCUCGACCAGAAGGGAAGGAUUCCAAAACCCCAGAGGAAUGUAAAAUUUGUGGCAGAGUAGUAACGUAUAUGAGGGAACACAUGCGGCAGCAUCGAAUCGAUAAGCAGCACAAGUGUCCAUAUUGCGAUCGAAUGUUCGUUCAGGGUAACAACUUGAAGUAUCAUAUCCGCAAGCACUUGGGCGAGAAACCGUAUUCUUGUGAGCUGUGCGAUAAAACAUUCUAUUGUGCUCCGCAUUUGAAGUCUCAUAUGAGAGUUCAUGGUCCCCAGGGAUUGUUCCAGUGUGAAAAAUGCCCGAAGACUUUCAAUCAAGAGUGCAACUUAAAGAAACAUCUACGCGUUCAUACAGGUGAAAAACCAUACAAAUGUUUGAAGUGCAAUAAAGCAUUCAACAGUACAUCAAAUCUGAAAAAUCAUCAAAGACUACACUCUGAUGAACGGGCGUUCACGUGCGAACAUUGUGCCAAAAGCUUUGUGGAUAUACACCAUCUCCAGCGGCACGUUCGUGUGCAUACAGGACGACGGCCCUACAUCUGCCAUGUUUGUUGCCAUGCCUUUAAUUGUCAGAACGGUAUUCGAGAUCAUCUGAAGACACAUAUACCAGAAAGACUACCUCUUAAAACGGAAGCGGUAGCUUGAAAUUAAUGUUACAUAAAUAAGACUAGAUUUAAUCGGUUUAUUUUUAUUAUAUAUUCUAUGUAUUUUAGUUAUUUUAGGAAUAGAGAAGACAUUAAAAUUGUGCUGACAUU